AUGGGCCAGACCGUAACUCACCCCUUCGACGUAUUCAAAGUACGGAUGCAAAUAUCAAAAACCUCUUUGACCCAAACGAUACGCGACUGUUUAAGAGAAAUUGGAGUGCGGAGUUUUUACAUUGGUUGGACUGCGAGUAUGCUUCGUCAAUUAACAUAUAGUACUGCUAGACUCGGAAUGUAUAAUACAUUGUAUGAUAUAAGUCAGGUAUAUUUUGGACGUUUAAAUUAUCCUACAAUGGUAGGUAUCGGGAUGUUUUCCGGUAUUGUAGGUUCAUUUGUCGGAACACCAACCGAUUUGGUUCUAGUUCGUAUGAUAGCCGAUGUACAUUUACCACCAGAGAAACGAAGGAAUUACAGAAACGCAGUUGUCGGGUUAAUAGAUAUUGGGAAAACAGAAGGUAUACGUGGAUUAUGGAGAGGAGCUGUACCAACAAUGGCCAGAGCAGCAAUCGUAAAUGGGGCACAGCUGGGUACAUACAGCAAAGCAAAAUUAAUGUUAAAGGAUACAGGCCAUUUUGAAGAAGGUGUGUUGUUACAAUUCCUUGCGGCCAUGAUAUCUGGGUUUGUGAUGUGUUCGACUUCACUUCCGAUGGACGUAGCUAAAACUAGAAUACAAAAUUGGACACAGCCAACGAAACCGCCGGGAAUUGUGGGAAUGUUGGUUACCAUAGCACGAACUGAAGGCAUAACUGCGUUAUGGCGAGGAUUUUUACCUUACUAUUGUAGAGCAGCACCAAACGCGACAGUAACAAUGAUUUGUUUCGAUCAAUUACAUCGUCUUUACCUUGAAUUAUUUGUACCUCCUAGUGAAUAA